AAGAGACGACCAGCGACGCCAAUCUGUGAAUUCGCACAGUAAACAAAAACCAAGUUGGGAUUACACAUACACUACAGGCAUACACACAUAUAUAUGUAUAUAAUAUAGAAGUGGAAGAACUUGAAUCUCUUACCUGCAAACAAUUGAAAGCUGAACUUCGCACUCGACGGCAAUGGAUCAAAAGCGGGCCAUGCUCUAUCCGCAGGUGGAUUUCAACACGCCCAGCGCACCGUCACCGACGCCGACGCCAACGAGGGAGUCGGUUGGACCUGAGCUGGUGCCUGUGGAGGCUCCGCCAUCGUACGAUGUGGCAAUAGGCUCAAACGCAGUGACUGUUCCAGCAAUACCAGCAAUUGCAGUCACCCAACAACCGCCGCAUGUGGUAUACGAGUAUGAGCAACCAGCACAGCCGACAGUCGUCCAAAUGGACACAAUGAACUUGGGUCCAAAUCCCUGCAGAGUACUGUGCCCGGCCUGCGGGGCCCAGAAGACCACGCGUAUGACCCACACGGCCAAUUCGCGCACGCAUAUGGGAGCUGGACUUUUAUGCCUGGUGGGGUGGUGCUGUUUUGCCUGCUUUGUGCCCUACUGCAUGAACAGUUGUCGCACUGGCAAUCACUACUGUCGCAAGUGCAACACUUUCCUCGGCGCAUAUAGUCCCAACGGACUGAAAUGAAGAUAAGACUACGAUGAGAUGUGAUCUGGUGGUACCUACUACAUAUAUAACACAAACAAGAGCUUCUAUCUCAGCUGUUUGCCUAGUUAUUUGCAAAUGAAUAUAUUAACCUUAAACAAAACAAAAGCUUCUUGUUGCUGUCGCCUGGCCUUUGGCGCACCAUCUAAGAGCACCGCGUUGGCGUAGGUCGACGUGCAUCGUCACUAUGCUGCUUCUUAGCCUUAAAUAAUGUUUAAUACAUUAAUGUAAUGUUUAAUAAAACGCGAAGAACUUUCCGUUGAA